AUGGCAAUACGGACGCACUUCGAGUCCUCGAACGAAGUGGGGGUUUUCGCGAAACUCACCAACUCUUACUGCCUGGUGGCCCCCGGCGGCAGCGAGCACUUCUACUCCGCCAUAGAGGCUGAGUUGGGGCCCCACAUUCCCGUGGUCCAGGCCUCAGUCGCUGGCACUGCAGUCAUUGGCAGGGUCUGCGUCGGAAACAAGCACGGGCUGCUGGUGCCGUCGAGCACGAGCGACGGCGAACUGCAGCAGCUGCGCAACUCGCUGCCCGACGCGGUGUCUGUACACCGCGUGGAAGAGCGGCUCUCUGCGCUGGGCAACUGCGUAGCAGCAAACGACUACACUGCUUUGGUGCAUGCGGACUUGGACGCAGAAACUGCAGAAAUCAUCCAAGAUGUUCUCCAGGUGGAAGUGUUUAGGACUAUUAUAGGGGGGCAGUUGCUCGUGGGCACCUACUGCGUUUUGACGAACCAAGGAGCCCUCGUGCAUUCUCGGACGCCCAUAGAAGAAAUGGAAGACUUGUCUCAGUUGGUGCAAGUGCCCUUCACUGCAGGAACUGUCAACAGAGGCUCUGACCUCCUCGGUGCAGGGCUGAUGGUGAAUGACUGGGUGGGCUUCUGCGGCAUGGAAACCACCGCCACGGAGUUGGCGGUGGUGGAGCGGAUUUUCAAGUUGGCCAACGCAGAACACCAGCAGCUGUCUUUGAGGGAAGACCUCAAGUUGAGGACUUCUUUAGUUGACUAUCUUAGCUAG